GCUCCGGAGUGCGCCACCGUCCGGAAGUGCGGCGCCGUCGGUGUAGGGCUCGCCGGGAAAUGUAGUCCCUCGGGGGCGGCCCGGGGCGGUGGCCGCACGUCCCGCGGACCCGGUGGCCCAUCGGGCGUGGACCCGGCAUGGCGGGGCCGGGUGGCUCGGGCGGCCCGAUCGGGACCGGGGCCCUGGCCGGUGGCGCGCGGUCCAAGGUGGCCCCGAGCGUGGACUUUGACCACAGCUGCUCGGACAGUGUCGAGUACCUGACGCUCAACUUCGGGCCCUUUGAGACAGUGCAUCGUUGGCGGCGCCUCCCGCCUUGCGACGAGUUCGUGGGGGCCCGGCGCAGCAAGCACACAGUGGUGGCCUAUAAAGAUGCCAUCUAUGUAUUUGGUGGAGACAAUGGGAAGACGAUGCUCAACGACCUCCUUCGUUUCGACGUGAAGGACUGCUCCUGGUGCAGGGCCUUCACCACUGGGACCCCUCCUGCUCCCCGCUACCACCACUCGGCCGUCGUCUAUGGCAGCAGCAUGUUCGUCUUUGGGGGCUACACUGGGGACAUUUAUUCCAAUUCUAACUUGAAGAAUAAAAAUGACCUCUUUGAGUACAAGUUUGCAACUGGCCAGUGGACGGAGUGGAAAAUUGAAGGACGGUUGCCAGUCGCUAGGUCAGCCCAUGGCGCCACAGUGUACAGUGACAAGCUGUGGAUCUUUGCCGGCUAUGACGGCAACGCCAGGUUGAACGACAUGUGGACCAUCGGCCUCCAGGACCGGGAUCUAACGUGCUGGGAGGAGGUGGCCCAGAGCGGCGAGAUCCCGCCCUCCUGCUGCAACUUCCCAGCAGCCGUCUGCAGGGACAGGAUGUUUGUCUUCUCAGGCCAGAGCGGGGCCAAGAUAACGAACAAUCUCUUCCAGUUCGAGUUCAAGAACAAGACGUGGACACGCAUCCCCACCGAGCACCUGCUCCGGGGCUCUCCGCCGCCCCCGCAGCGGCGCUACGGGCACACCAUGGUGGCCUUUGACCGCCACCUUUACGUGUUUGGGGGCGCAGCUGACAACACACUCCCCAACGAGCUGCACUGCUACGAUGUGGACUUCCAGACCUGGGAGGUCAUUCAGCCCAGCUCAGACAGUGAGGUCAGUGGAGCCGAAAUGCCCGAGCGAGCAUCUGCUUCCGAGGAGGCACCUGCCCUGGGCUCCGAGGAGCGGGGCGGCUGCAAGAAGUCCCGGGAUGUGUUUGGCCUGGACUUUGGCAGCACCACCACCAGGCAGCCCACCCUGCCAGCCUCAGAGCUGCCCAGCGGAAGGCUCUUCCACGCGGCUGCCGUGAUCUCCGACGCCAUGUACAUCUUCGGAGGCACCGUGGACAACAAUAUCCGCAGCGGGGAGAUGUACAGGUUCCAGUUCUCCUGUUACCCCAAGUGCACGCUGCACGAGGACUAUGGGCGGCUGUGGGAGAGCCGCCAGUUCUGCGACGUGGAGUUCGUGCUGGGUGAGAAGGAAGAAUGCGUGCAGGGCCACGUGGCCAUCGUCACGGCACGCAGCCGCUGGCUCCGCAGGAAGAUCGUGCAGGCGCGGGAGCGGCUGACCCAGAAGCUGGAGGAGGAGGCGGCCCCGGCACUCAGGGAGGGCCCCGCUGGGGCCGCGGGUGGGGCCCGGCCACCCCUGCUGCGUGUGGCUAUCCGCGAGGCCGAGGCACGGCCCUUCGAGGUGCUCAUGCAGUUCCUCUACACAGACAAGAUCAAGUACCCGCGGAAAGGCCACGUGGAGGACGUGCUGCUCAUCAUGGACGUGUACAAGCUGGCACUGGGCUUCCAGCUGUGCCGCCUAGAGCAAUUGUGUCGUCAGUACAUCGAGGCCUCCGUGGACCUGCAGAACGUGCUGGUCGUGUGUGAGAGCGCUGCCCGGCUGCAACUGGGCCAGCUUAAGGAGCACUGCCUGAACUUCGUGGUGAAGGAGUCCCACUUCAACCAGGUGAUCAUGAUGAAGGAGUUCGAGCGCCUCUCAUCUCCUCUGAUCGUGGAGAUUGUGCGGCGGAAGCAGCAGCCGCCUCCCCGCGCCCCCUCGGACCAGCCCGUGGACAUCGGCACGUCUCUGAUCCAGGACAUGAAGGCAUACCUGGAGGGGGCGGGCGCGGAGUUCUGUGACAUCACGCUGCUGCUGGAUGGGCACCCGCGGCCAGCCCACAAGGCCAUUCUGGCAGCCCGCUCCAGCUACUUUGAGGCCAUGUUCCGGUCCUUCAUGCCCGAGGACGGCCAGGUGAACAUCUCCAUUGGGGAGAUGGUGCCCAGCAGGCAGGCCUUCGAGUCCAUGCUGCGCUACAUCUACUACGGCGAGGUCAACAUGCCGCCCGAGGACUCGCUCUACCUGUUCGCGGCGCCCUACUACUACGGCUUUUACAACAACCGGCUGCAAGCGUACUGCAAGCAGAACCUGGAGAUGAACGUGACAGUGCAGAACGUGCUGCAGAUUCUGGAGGCAGCAGACAAGACGCAGGCGCUGGACAUGAAGCGGCACUGCCUCCACAUCAUCGUGCACCAGUUCACCAAGGUCUCCAAGCUGCCCACACUGCGCUCGCUGAGCCAGCAGCUACUGCUGGACAUCAUCGACUCCCUGGCCUCCCACAUCUCAGACAAGCAGUGCGCAGAGCUGGGUGCCGACAUAUGAGGGCCCACGUGGUGCUGCCCGCCCUGCCUCGCCCACUGCAAAGACUGUGCUGGCCACGUUCGGGCCUGCGGCCGAGGGGUCGUGUGCCCAGGGCCUCCGAAGGGAGCUGAGUGGGGGAUUCCAAAUGCCUCAUCUCACUGCUGAGGACACAGGUCCCACAGGAAGCAGACGGUGAAGCGGGAUCCUGGCUGGCACCCUCUCCCAGGGUGGAGGUGUGGGUGGGAAGCCAGGGCUUAGUGGUGAGGACACUGCAGGAGGAGGCAGGGGCCUGGCCAGGGCCCAGUGAGGGAGAUGAGCCCACCAGGGAGCUGGCUUUGGGCCCCCUACACAGCAGGGACCCAGCAUGGCUUGUGCAUCCAGCCACUGGGUCAUGUUGCCAAGACCCCUCAAUGUGGGGGCCGCACAGCACCCCCAGACCCUCAUCAAGGUUGGUGUAAGGGUUUCCUCCUGCCACCCAGAACUUGGGUAGAUGGAGUCCAACUCCAGGUGAAUUUUGAGGUGUGAAGGGCCCUAAGGUCAGCUCCCAGCCUGCAGGGUCAGCCACUGCGGACUGGGCCAGACAUCCAGAGGGGCUGUGGGAUCCCACCCACCUGUGUGUGCAUGGGGGCCCUGGGCUGCUCCAGAGAGAAGUCAGAGAUGCCCCAGGCCCGCAUCUGUCCCUAAGUAUUUAUUGUCAUAGGCUUGCCUCCAUUAAAGCCACAGCAGUCCUACCUGCA